AUGAUCAGUGGGGUGCUUGGGGCGCAUCAGGAGGCGAGAAUCGGUGCGCAAACCCUAAAUAUGGUGUUUCAGGAUUGGGGAGGUGUGGAAGAGGCCAAAAUUGGCAGCGCUGUGGUAGACGAUGGGCGCUGUUACCGUGCUGCCAGCCCUCAGGGUGGGUGUGGCACGACGAAGUUGACUUGGGCGCGUGUGAGGAGGUGGGGUGCUUUUGCGAGGGCGUUUGGUCAACAAAAGCCUGCCUCACCGUUUGGCGGAUUCGGUUCCACUCAACCUCAGCAGAAUCCGUUCGGGUCCCCGUCUUUUGGACAGUCGCAGGCAGCGUUCGGGAGCCAACCGUUUGGAUCCACAGCGCCAGCUUUCGGUGCGCAGUCGGCCCCUGCGUUUGGAAGCACGACCACCCCACUGUUCGGGGCGUCGAGUCCAGCAUUUGGGGCGGCGACGACAACUCCAGCUUUUGGUGCGGCAUCGACUCCUGCUUUCGGAAGCAGUUCGGUGUUCGGGCAGAGUGCGCCUGCGUUUGGGGCGAGCACGACGCCUGCCUUCGGGAGCACAGCGACGGCAUCACCAUUCGGGGCUUCCUCUGGGAGUGCAUUUGGAAGCAGCUUCGGGGCAUCGAGUUUUGGAGGUGGGCAGCAGCAGCAGCAGCAGCAGCAACAGCAGCGUGUGGGAAGCAGAGUGGCAGCGUACGCUGUGACCCCUGAUGCGGACUCCGGGGUUGGGGCGAAUGCCGGGAAGUUUUUGUGUAUAUCUGCUAUGCCGGCUUACAAAGAGAAGCAGCUAGAGGAAUUGAGGUGGGAGGAUUAUCAAGCAGGCGAUAAAGGCGGGCCGAACCCAGCUAGCCCCCAGCCUGCUGCUGGAGGCAUCUUUGGUCAACCAGCACUGCAGACUCCAGCGGCAUCUAGCCCGUUUGGGGCUGCGGCGACGCCGACGACCUUCGGGGCUGCCGCCACCCCUAAUCCGUUCGCAUCAACUUCCACGGCGAAUCCGUUUGGCGCGAAACCGGCGUUUGGAAGUCCCAGCACCCCCACUCCUGCGUUUGGGCAAGCUUCAACGCCUGCAUUUGGGCAGACUUCAGCGCCAGCAUUCGGCACAAGCACGUUCGGUUCGAGCACGCCUGCUUUUGGAGCGGCGUCGACGCCAGCAUUCGGGCAGGCGAGCUCGACCCCAGCAUUUGGGUCGUCGCCAUCUCCGUUUGGGCAGACAUCGGCACCUGCGUUCGGGAGCACAACCUUCGGAGCAUCAUCAUCAUCUUCAUUGUUCGGGCAGAGCAGUCCCGCAUUUGGGGCAUCUUCACCUGCAUUUGGAGCGGCGUCCAGCCCGGCGUUCGGUGCGCAGACAUCGUCCGCAUUCGGAGGGGGCGGGUUGUUUGGGAGCAGUCAGCCAGCGAGCAGCGGAGGGUUGUUUGGAGCAUCCACUCCUGCGGCUCAGCCGUUUGGGGCAAGUUCUGCUCCGGCGUUUGGGCAAAGUCAGGCAGCAUUCGGGUCCAACUUGUUUGGCAACAACACAAGCAGCCCAGGUUCCUUGUUUGGUCAAACAAAGGCGGCGGGGUUGACACAGUCCUCGUCAUCGUCUUUGUUCAGUGGGUUUGGUGCAGCUUCUACCGGACAAACUCCUAGUACAUUUAGCUUCCCAAGCUUGCAAACCCCGCAGCAAGGGGCGACCAACACCUUUGGCGGUACCCCGCCCGCAUUUGGUCAGCAGAAUACAUUCGGGCAACAGCAAGCUACUCAAAACGUUAUCUCGGCCACAGCUAGCCCGGUAACCAAUCCCUUUGGGACACUACCUGCCAUGCCCCAGAUAACAAUCGGCCGAAGCGCCGGUUCUGGUCCGUCUGUCCAGUAUGGGAUAUCGAGUAUGCCGGUAGCCGAGAAACCGACUCAAGUGCGUGUGAACACAUUGUUGACUCCCCGGCAUAUCACGCAGCGGUCAAAGGUGCGCAUGCACGCACGACGCUACCAUCCUAAGAAGGAUAGCCCAAAGGUGUCGUUCUUCAGUGAUGGUGACGAAGCCCCCUCAACCCCGAAAGCAGAUGUGAUGUUUGUUCCUCGAGAGAAUCCGCGUUCUCUGUUCAUUCGACAGCCGGAAUCGUCUCCUGCGAUUCCAUCUGCGGCGAAGGACGCAGUGGAUGUUGGAGAGAUAGCCACACCCGUGCAGAAGGAUGGCUCCCAGGAUGAAAUGAGGAACGAAGUGGGUGGCGAUCCUGUUCCGUUUUCGUUUCCUGAAAGUCCACACAAUAACUGGAGAAGCCCAGACGGCGUGAAUGGGAAUGGAUUCGUGGGAACUCCAGCAGCAUCUCAGGCGAAGGCCAGUGAGAGAGGGGCCUCGAAACAGGUGUCGAAAAGCAACGGGUUGCGGGAGGAGCACAGUCACAGAGGAAAUGGCUACAUUUCGAUCACUGGUCAUCGUGCCGGUGAAGCUGCAAUCGCGUACGAGCACGGUGCGGACAUAGAAGCUUUGAUGCCGAAGUUACGGCACUCGGACUAUUUCACGGAUCCAAAGGUGCAGGAGCUGGCGGCGCUGGAGCGUGCGGAUAUUGGGUAUUGUCGCAGAGUGAAGGACUUCGUUGUUGGGCGUAAGGGUUACGGGGAGAUAAAGUUUUUGGGCGAGACGGAUGUGCGACGCCUGGAUCUGGAGAACAUAGUGCAGUUCAACAAGUGCGAGGUGCUGGUGUACAUGGACGAGACGAAGAAGCCGCCGGUAGGGCAAGGCUUGAACAAGGCAGCGGAGGUGACGUUGCUGAACGUGAAAUGCAUAGACAAGAAGACGGGGCAGCAUUACGUCGAGGGAGUGGAGGUGGAGAAGUUUCAGAAGCGGUUGAGGAAGAAGACAGAGGAGCAGGGGGCAGAGUUCUUAGGGUACGAUGGGGCGAAGGGAGAGUGGAGGUUUCGAGUGAAGCAUUUCAGUCGAUAUGGACUGGACUUUGAGUCGGACGAGGAGGAUGGGGCCGAAGGGCCAGGAGAGGGCGCCAUUGUGGUUGCAGGAACGUACGACAUGGAGGGUGUUGAGCAAGGUGUGAUGCACGAUGCGGAUGAUUCCAUGUUUGAAUCUCCUAUGAAGAAUUUUGAUGCGAUUCCGGAACCUGGAGUGGGCAUGGAGGAUGAGGUCGGGGACGACCUGAUUGAUGCGUCCUAUUUCACGGCUCCACAGGCAGCACUUCCGCACUCCCUGCCCGCACACCUUCACCUUGAUCCCGUGAAAAUGCAACAAAUGCGAGCCCUUUUCUUUGCCGAAGGUGAGGAGGCGGAAGAUAUCGCACCACCCGGGGCUUACGGGCGCUGGCAGUCACGUCCUCCAGCGCCAUCUCCCGCCGGUAUGAGCUCGGGCGUGCAUGGUAGUCAGUCGUUCAAAACACCUCAGAAAGUUGGCGUUGGUGAAGAUGUGGACGGGCGUCCAGCUUGGCCGACAACGGUCAUCUCCUGGAAGGGAACCCCUGCGAAGCAGAUGCGAAGCGUGGGUUGA